GUUAGACUAGAUCUUGCUUUUGGGUUGAUGGGAUCAUGGGUUCAGGGGCUAAAAAGUCCAGAAGUCUAGACCGUCGCGCUCGAACUGCCCUGAUGCCGGCAAUAACCCAUUUCGGCUCCCAGCAAACAUUGGCGGCUAACCAUCGCGCGCGACGCUAUUGAAUCUACUUGGAAUGUAAGGGGGCAAUGGAAGACUUGGCGCCCAUUUAGAACGGGUCGAACUAUCGAUUUUUAGGACCAAAAGAGGGCGCCGCAGACAAGCUGAAAGUUAAAUGAUGAAUCUGAUGGAUUGGGCAACAUGAGUGGCGACAAAAAGGGAACGAGUCCCGUCUCUUCAACAAGCCUUUCAAUCUUUCUCUAGCCCAAGGUUGGAUCCACCUCAGUCAUUCGUUUACUCCAGCCUAGUCACUCGUUCGAAUCAUGAAGAACUUUGGUAUUGUCGCCCUUUCGGGCGCUGCCCUGUUGCAGGUGGCUUCUGCUGCUUGCUGUCGCAGCAACAAGUGCUUGAAGGCCGUUGCCCUUGCGGACUUCGAGGGAGUAAUGGACUGCGAGUCCAACCUCAUCGUCACCGUGACCCCUUCAGCAAGCAUCUACACCGAAACGGUCACGCUCGUCCAGAGCGCCGUGGACACCGUCCUCUUCACCGAGACCACGACGGAGAUCGCCUCAACCGAAACCCAGAUCCUCACCGAGAUCACCACCGUCACCGCAGCCACUGUGACGGACAUUAUCACCGAGACCGUCACCGAGCCCUACACCGCGACCCUGGUCUCGCUCCUCCCCGAAGUCACCUCGACCUCGACGGCCUACCAGAACCCCCCCUUGAAGUUGAAGGCUCGCGACACUCUGACUCAGAUUGAGGAGGCCAACCCCCUUCCCACCUACGCCACAGCCGACUGCGCCGACUGGUCCCAGUACUCCAAAGCCUGCAAGUGCGUCGGCGUGACCGCCUCCACCAUCACCGCCAGCGCCGCCGUUGAAACCGUGACCGUGACCGUCUCCGACGCCCUCACCACCGUCGUCGCCACCGCUUUCAGCACCUACACCGACAUCAUCUCUGUCACCGAAACCGUCUCCGAGACCGAAACCGAGACCAUCCCCGCCACGGACCUGAUCACCGCCACCGCCAUCCAAACCAUCUCAGCCGUCGAGACCGUCCAGGCCACUUCCACGCCCGUCGCCGUCGUGCCCUUAAUCUGCAAGCCCCGUGGCCAAUCUUUCCGCGCCUCGAAUCCGGGCUUCCCCGACGGCUCGACGCGCUGGAUGAACAUAGCAAACGGCGGCAGCCUCAUCGCCUGGCAAGGCUUCGCCGGCGUUCCGGCCCCGGGAUCAACCGGCGCCCUGACCUCCACUUGGACGCUCGACGCGAACGGCUACCUCGAGCUGGCUCAGCCGGUCGUCGGCCAGACGUCCGUGUACGCCGCCUACGUGUUGGUCAGCGACACGGGCGCGUCCGUGUCGGUGAGGCCUAAGCUCAAGGCCGAUGUCGAGGCUGGCGUUGCGGCGGGCACGAUGAAGCGCGUCAAGGGGUGCGUAAAUGCGGCUACGGGACAGCUGACGCUGUCGGCGAAUGGAAGGAGCAAUAUGUUGUCGUGCGGAAAUGGGCUUUAUUUGUCGACGGGCAUGGAUGGGAAGGAUGUGAGGAGUGAUGGAAGUUGUGUUUAUUUGACUCCUACUGCUGCUUAAGGGGAGGGCAGGGCAUCUAAUUGGGCCUACCUAAACUAAAACCUAAAGAUGGGGAUGUUGGAUAGGUCAGAUAUGCACAAAGAGAUGAGAAGACGGAUGGAAGUAAUGGGAUUGAAAAGGAAACGCGGACAAAGCAUAACAUGCAUAUAUGUACCUCUAGGUAUGAUAAGAGAUAUUGUAUCUAAUUUUUUAUUUUUUUUAAGAAGUGGAAGUCUUCUUCAUUCUCACCUUGGCUCAGGCCAAAAUGACUAUAUUAUUCGAUAGAAAGACAUACGAUAAAGUAGAU